UUGACUUCAUGAGUGCUUCCAACCGACAAUUAUUCUAUCCUUUGAUUCACAUACCUUGGAAUUCUUUGAUUUGUUUGAGAAAAGAUGAAUCUUCCGCAGCUCCAUAAAUUCUUUUUCAUUGAAUUUACAUGAUCUCCAUUUAUUUAUCUAAAAUUAUCAUUGAAUCAUUUUCAACAAAACAACUAGUGUUUUAAUUUACAUGAUCUCUAUUUAUUAAUUAAUUUGCUUCCAAUUGGGAAUCUUAGUUAUUUCUCCAACCCAAUAUAUGUUGCCAUAAUUUUGUUUACCUUGUGUAUAGAUGAGUCAGCAACAAAAUGAUGCAUAUUUCACCAACUUGAUGAAUGAUGGGACUGAUUAUGAAUUUAUGGAUGAACCUCUUGACCAAGGGGAUCAGUCUUCCCCAAUCUCUCCUCAAAUAGAAACCACCAAGAAACCACAACGAGGUGGCAACUUCACUACAGAAGAAGACAGUAUGCUCAUAUCGGCGUGGCUUAACAUUAGCUUAGAUCCAGUGCAAGGGAAUGAACAAAAAUCAAAGGCUUAUUGGCUAAGAGUGUGGGAGUAUUUCCACCAGUACAAAACUUUUUCAUCUAAUCGUAGUCAAACUUCUUUAAUGAACCGUUGGUCAGCAAUUCAACUUGCCACGAAUAAGUUCAGUGGGUGCUUCGCCCAAAUCCAAAGGUUGAAUCAAAGUGGAAAGACUGACAAAGAUAAGAUUCUUGAUGCGAAGAAAUUAUACAAAGAGUUGUACAAAUCGUCAUUUCCAUUUGAACAUUGUAGGCAUGAGUUAAGAGAUCAACAAAAAUGGCGAGAAGAAUAUAGCAUGAAGAAACAAAAACCAAAAAAAGUGGCAACUCCCGGCGUUUGUUCUCCUAGUGCACCGGAUUCAAUCAAUUUAGAGGACAAUGAUGUUUCACAUAAUGACAAUGUAGACUUGGAAAGACCACCGGGCAGGAAAGCUGAAAAGGAACGUUUGAAUAAAAGAAAGAAUAAAGACCGUGGAAAUGAAGGAGGGUCGUAUCUUCAAGAGCAAGAAAAGAUUGAUAAUGAGAAAAAGAGGACGCAAACGGAACAAGAAAAGGUUGAUAAUGAGAAAGAGAAGAUACGAAUGGAACAAUUGAAGGAGGAAGAGCGAAUAAUGUCAAUAGAUACAAGUGGUCUGCCGUCAUUGCAAGCAGAAUACCUUCAUCGCCGCCAAAUGGAAAUUCUCCAAAAAAAGAUUUAG